AUGGGAAGCCUAGGCAAAAACAUCUCCUUAGGACUAUUUUUGUUUAUCGGUAUACUUGUCAUUACACCAGGGUUUGCAAUUCGUACUCAUGAAGAAGAUCCAGAGCUUUCUCGACAUUUGGAAGAGUGCCACGCAAAGGUGACAAAACGUUGUGCAAUAGAAAUCUCUAAUAGUAUAUACAACAACAAUACUCCAUCAGAAUACUGUUGCCGAAAGCAUAUAACAACUGGGAAAGCUUGCCAUGAUGAUUUCAUAAAACUAUUCGUUUCAAAAGUGCCAAAGGAUAAAGUAGCUUUUGUUGUAGCUAAGGGUGACCAAAUUUGGAACCAAUGUGCUGCUACUGUAGCUUUGGCACCUGUUGCCUAA